GUCUGUUCAUGGCGUGUUGUCUGCUGAGAUCUCGCUUCUUUGAAUGAAACAUUCAAGGCUGGCGAAGUCCCUAGAUUUUGCGCCUCCCACGGUUACGUGAUCCGCAAGGGUGUCCGUUCUUCCCUACCUUCUGGCAAUCCCCAAAGACUCCGUAACGACGUGAUUGACAGGCGAGAGGACGCCAAGUGGAGCGGAAGUUGAAGAAUAUUGAAACUGGCAUCACAGUGAGCUGAAGCAAACUAUGCUCAUUGCGCGUGAUGCCAUGCACUGUGGCCCGCUCGUACAUCAGAUGCCAAGAAAUACGCUUCCCCACAUCAAAGCUUUGGGGACGACAUGCAUGCAUAACUGCCAAACAGUGUCGCAUGCAAGCCUAGAAGCACGCUACUUAAACUCAAGCGAUCAAGACAAGCCCCGAUGCAUCAUAUGUUAGAACUGUAGUUCAAGUAUAAGAAGGUAGUCGAGACCGACACCGGUCUGCAACAACUCGCACAGACCGUCUUCACAGCUUGCACACUAUCCCUCCUUUUGCGACCAUGCAGAUCCUUGCCACCCUCCUUUUCGUCCUUCCUGCCCUCGCGGCUGCUAGCCCUAGCGUCAGGCGCCAAGGUGACAGCGGCAACACUAUAUGCGGCACGGGCUCUAUGCAGUGCUGCAACAAUUAUUAUGAGCCGUCCUCCCCCGAGGGCGAGGCAUAUCUCAAGAGUGCCGGCCUCUACGACCACCCAAGUGCGAACGACGGCGCCGUCGGUGUCUCGUGCAGCCCUUUAAUCCAAGUCAGCGGCAGCUGCACUUCCAACCCAAGAUGCUGCGGGCCCACUAACGGCGGUAUUGGCGUCGGCUGCGACUCAAGCUGAGAGCCGCGCCCCUAAGUGGAGAGUGCUCUCUCCUUUGUACGCUGUUCGGACACUAUCAGACAUUCAGGGCUAUGCAUCCUUCCUUUCGCUGUGUAGACACAGUACCUUGCUUGACAAGGUACUCAUAACCGUCCUUUUCACUAUCUUAUCGAACAGUCUAAUCUCUAACUUGCCUCCCCCGCUUCGCCGUCACCCUGCGCCCUGUCCUUUGCUCAUUCACAUCCCAUUUCUCUUUUUACCUCCAUCGCCUUCAGCAUCUCCCAUGUGCUCCGCUUCGUGUCACAUUCCAUUCCUCGAUCCCUUCACCGGCUUUAAGUUAGUAUUACUUGAACUGUGGCGACGUGGUGCCGGUUGAGCUUGAGCUGGAUUCUGAUGUGGAUCUCGCGCACUGCCUGCUCUUGUUCCACGAAACGACAUACCGCUCGCGCGAACGGAUCCAGCAAGUCUCUGGGGCGGUUUUCACCUGCGCUUUUGAGCAGAAUUGAAAAAUGAGAGCGUCAGGGAGCGCAGCAGUGGAGGAAUACAGAUGUCGUGGCCGUCUCUGCUAACCGGCAGGGCAAGCGACUCCAAGUUGGUGAGCAGCCGAACAAAGUCGUCUAGCUGCAGCGAGGCGGGGGAAUUUACCGUUAACGCGCGCACCGACUGCACGUCAAGGAGGUUGGGGAGGAUUUGAUAGUACAGUUAUCCACCGCUCCUUGAAACACCACCACUCCUUGAAACAGC